AUGGCCGCCUUGGUGCGCACUGCAUUCCCAUUCCCAUCCAAAGCGCCAUCAUGGUUCGCCGGACACAUGGCCCGAUCGCUGCGCGAACUGCCAGCGCUACUCGACGAGGUAGACCUGGUGUUCGAAGCACGUGACGCUCGGCUGCCUCUGACUUCGGUCAACCCGGCCUUUGACGCGAUGCUCGAGCGUGUAUGGGGUCACUCUGGCGCCGGGCCCGACCGGAAGGGGAAAGGCAAAGAGAAGAUUGUGGUGUACACAAAGCGUGACCUCGCAGAAGAGCGGUACGAGAAGCCCCUGGCCAAAGCGCUAUGGACUCAAGCACGCCAAAGAGUGCAGUUCAUCGACUCCCGCGUCGACAGCGACGUCCGCGGCCUACUCCGCGUCGCCGCAUUGCGCGCCCGGUCUGCUGGCGAGUCCGCCACCGAUCUCAAGGUCCUGGUAGUGGGCAUGCCAAACGUUGGCAAGUCGUCGCUCCUCAACGCUCUUCGCCGCGUCGGCGUGCGCAAGGGCAAGGCGUUUACGACCGGAGCCAUGCCGGGCGUGACGAGGAGGUUGACGGGCACGGUGCGCGUGUACGACAAGCCUCCUGUAUACGUCUUCGACACGCCAGGCGUCAUGGUGCCCUACAUGGGCCAUGGGUUGGCAGGUGUCGAGCGUGGGCUGAAGCUCGCGUUGACAGCCGGGCUGAAGGAGGGUCUCUUUGAACCGGAGGUCGUCGCAGACUAUUUGCUGUACCGGCUUAAUUUGAGGUUGGCAGCAGAGGCCGAGUUGACACCCGGCGAGUUCCAGCACGAGUGCUACACCACCAAGCUCCCCGGUACCAUUGCGCAGACUGAUGACCUGACCGACUUUCUGAACAGCCUCGCGCUCCGCCUUGGUGCGCUUAGAAAGGGUGGCGAGCGGGAUAUCGACGCCGCGCUCACGUUCAUCCUCAAGCAGUUCCGUGAGGGGCGGCUGGGACGAUGGACUCUCGACGAUGUGGACGGACUCGAAGCCGCGUAUCUCGCCCGCCAUGGGGUUGAGGAACAGGAGGACGGGUUGGCUGUGAGCGAGCUCGGUGCGAUUGGACGGCAAGUGGUGGAGGAGAUCCCGGAGAUUGAAGAGGUCGCCAACGAUGUCCUGGCUGUCGAGGAGGUUGUGGCGGCGCCAUCACCAGCCGUCGCCCCCACUCCAGGUCUCUGGAUGGACGACGUGCCUGCUCCGCCUCUUCCCGCUACCCUCGAGGAGCGCAUCGCGAUCACAGUCGGCAGACACCUCGCGCGUGCAGAGGAGGAGAAGGCUGACGCUGACGCGGGACGCAACAUGAGCGCGACUCAGGCCAAGAAGACUGAGCUGCGGGCCAAAGCCGAGUUCCGCCUCGCCAAGGCUAAGGAGAAGGGUCUUGACAAGCGGCGCCCCACCAAGACUUUCGGGUACCACGCGAACAAGGGGAAGAGUGCGAGCACUAAGAAGCGCCGCAAGUAG